AACAGAGGCGGACACGAGAGUGAGGGGUAUCAGUGUAAAGUGUGCAUGAGGUGGGAGAGGUGGCGCCUCCGCCGGGCUCCCCUGCACAACCUUACCACAUUACUGUGGCGCCUGGAGUUGGCCUAAGCCAGGAGCGCCUUACUGUGCGCAAACCUCCCUCCAGUCCUCAGCACAAACUAUAGUAAACGCAAAGAUGGGCUCAUUCCUUGGCCACGUCGUCCCUGGGACCUUCUUCAGUCUCUUCUCACUGUGGUGGCUGCUGAGCAUCUUCAGGAGGUACUACAUGUGUAAGAGGGCUGCAGGAGAGGGAGGAGGAGGCGGCGGUCGCAUCUUCUACAGGAACACCAGCACCUUUUUUACCCCUUGUUGCCCCAAACUGCCCUUUGAGGGCAUGUUGAAGGUUGUUGCUGUCGUUAUUGGCAUGACGGGUGAGUUCGCGACGGCUUGGAAGAACGGGGUGUUCGUCCACCUGAACAACGCCCAGCACAUGACCAUGUUCUUCUUCUUCGGCCUUAAUGGCGCGAUGGAUAUUCUUGGCCAUUACGGAGCGCCUCUCCCGAAGGACCUCGACUACGUCUCCGCCAUCUUGGCCUUCCUGAUAGAGGGCUUCCUCUUUCUCUACCACCUCCACGGGCGUACUCCCAUGGACGUACAGGUGCACAUGUACCUGGUGUAUGUGGUGGCCGGGUGUGUGGUAGCCACGGGUCUAGAGAUGUACCACAGGAGGAGCGUUCUCCCAGCCCUCGCCAGGGUCUACUUCACCCUCCUUCAGGGCACCUGGUUCUUCCAAGUGGGUUUCAUCCUGUACCCUCCAGUGGGGCAGAAGUGGACCGAAGAUGACCACAGCCAAAUGAUGAUUGUGACCCUCAUCUUCUGCUGGCACUGUGCCGUGGUGUUCGUGCUGAUGCUGGUGGCUGGGUUCCUCAUCCACACGCGGGUGAAGGCCCUGUCAUCCGCUACCGUUUAUCAUAGCCUCCAUCCUCUCACCCGCCUCUCAUCCGCCAACGGCAGCUGCCUCUCUAAGAUGGACACGGAGCAGGUGCGGCAUAUUAUUGCCGAUUCAGAGGAGGAGGAUGUUUAGAGAUGGAUGUUUAGAGGAGCUGGAUGUUAAGGAGGAACGUGAUGUUUAAGGAAAAGGAUUGUGUUUCAGAAAAGACUUUAACUGAGUCUGUGGUUGGAAGAAAGGAGAAAAUGUUUAAAUAUGCUAUAGAUGUCCUCAGUGUAUACAAACAUUGCCUCCAGAAGACACUCAUCAGUGUAUACAAACAUUGUUUUAUUCAUACAAGAGGGAGGAAGGGAAUUAUCAGGGGGGGAAAGCGCCAAGCCAUUACGACUGUAUAGCACUGGGAAGGGGUCAGGAUAAGGAUUUGGGAUGGGACGAAGGGGAUUUAUACAAGAGUUCUUACAUUCU